GCUAGCAGCGGAUACGUGGAGGGGCGUGGGUGGGAGUUGUGAUUAGAAAGGUCAAUAAAAGCUUCUAAAGACCCACAGGAGAGACCCAGAGUCUUCAAGCCUGGAGUUCCUGCCUGAUUCUUCCUGAGGUCUGAGCACCUUCUAAACUACAUCCAGAUCUGUUUUCCUUGCAGAUUCACGAAGAUGAGCAUCCGGACUCCACCCAGACUCCUGGAGCUUGCAGGGCGGAGCCUGCUGAGGGACAAAGCCUUGGCCAUCUCCACCCUGGAGCAGCUGCCCAUGGAACUUUUCCCCCCACUGUUCAUGGAGGCCUUCAGCAGGAGACGCUGUGAGGCCCUGAAGCUGAUGGUGCAGGCCUGGCCCUUCCGCCGACUCCCUCUGAGGCCUCUGAUGAAGAUGCCUUGUCUGGAGGCCUUCCAAGCUGUGCUCGAUGGGCUUGAUGCACUGCUUACCCACGGGGUUCGUCCCAGGAGGUGGAAACUUCAAGUGCUGGAUUUACAGGAUGUCUGUGAGAACUUCUGGAUGGUUUGGUCUGAAGCUAUGGCCCAUGGGUGCUUCCUCAACGCCAUGAGGAACAAAAAACCAGUGCAGGACUGUCCAAGGAUGAGAGGACAGCAGCCCUUGACUGUGUUCAUAGAACUUUGGCUCAAGAACAGGACUCUGGAUGAAUACCUCACCUGCCUCCUUCUGUGGGUCAAGCCGAGGAAAGAUGUACUACACUUGUGCUGUAAGAAGCUGAAAAUUUUGGGAAUGCCCUUCCGCAAUAUCAGAAGCACCCUGAAAAUGGUGAACCUAGACUGUAUCCAGGAGGUGGAAGUGAAUUGCAAGUGGAUACUGCCUAUCCUGACACAGUUUACCCCAUACCUGGGACAGAUGAGGAAUCUUCAGAAGCUCGUUCUCUCCCACAUGGAUGUCUCUCGCUAUGUUUCCCCAGAGCAGAAGAAGGAGAUUGUUGCGCAGUUCACCACUCAGUUCCUCAAGCUGCACCACCUCCAAAUGCUUUAUAUGAACUCUGUUUCUCUCCUUGAAGGCCACCUGGACCAGCUGCUCAGCUGUCUGAAGACCUCGUUAAAGAUCCUCGCAAUAACUAACUGUGUGCUUUUGGAAUCAGACUUGAAGCAUCUAUCCCAGUGCCCGAGCAUCAGUCAACUAAAGACCCUGGACCUGAGUGGCGUCAGACUGGCCAAUUUCAGUCUUGUGCCUCUCCAAGUUCUGCUAGAAAAAGUUGCAGCCACCCUUGAGUACCUGGAAUUAGAUGACUGUGGUAUCGUAGACUCCCAAGUCAACGUCAUCCUGCCUGCCCUGAGCCGCUGCUUUGAGCUCACCACCUUCAGCUUCUGUGGAAAUCCCAUCUCCAUGGCCACCCUGGAGAACCUGCUGUGCCACACAAUCAGACUCAACAACAUAUGCCUGGAGCUGUAUCCUGUCCCACGGGAGAGUUAUGAUGCUGAUGGUACUCUCUGCUGGAGCAGAUUUGACCAACUUAGGGCUGACCUGAUGGGGAGAGUGAGGGACUUAAGGCACCCCAAGAGGAUCUUGUUCUGUACUGACUACUGCCCUGACUGUGGCAACAGGUCAUUUUAUGACCUGGAGGCAGAUCAGUGCUGCUGUUGAAUGCCUGCCUAUUUGGAUGGAUAUGUCAAACACUUUCUUCUGGACACUUGGAAACUAAAACCUCGGUCUUAGGUACAUCCUAAAGGGAGCACAGAACCCAUCAUUUCAGACAUGGGCUCUGAAAGUGGGAAAGGAAAGGUGAUCAAGCAGGGGCCGGACUUGGGGGAAAUGUUGCCAUGGAUUCGAUGGGACUUUGGGGACCUGUGUCCUGUAGAGUCAAAAAUGGGAAUGUGAAUGUCUAGAGUGGAAUUCAGGCUUGAGAAUACAUGAGGGAGUUACUCUUGCAUGGAUGGUUGUAAAAAAAAAUCAGAAAUAAAGGAAAACUGAGCAGAAACU